CUCCUGUGAUGGGAAAGUACGCGAAGCACAGUACAAACUAUGGUUUUGUUGUGGUAAGACCAACAUUAUCGAUUGAGAUAUACGUUCGCGUUGGAUGGAAUAGCCUGCUAAUGUCAACGUUAGCAACUAGCCUCUACAUGUAAAUACUGUGCACUAGAAUGGACCUGUUGAACUCUCAGUUCCUGGACAAGAUGAACAAUAACAUUGGGAGACUGCACUACGACGAUGAGUCCAGGAUCCCCUCCCUGUCUACUGCUGUGUCAACCAUAACUGGUCCUUCCUCACACUGCCCAAACAAACGAAAGUAUGGGGACGAACAAAUGGAAAACAGACUCAACUGUGAUGAUGACCACAUGGCCAAAAUGAGCAGAAUGUUUGCUACUCACCUCGCUCGUCCGUCUGCUGGAGACAACCGCAAUGAGCACUGGAGCCUGAGCCACAGUCCUGCGGAGCGGCCUAACCCAUAUGCAACCAUUUCUGGCUAUGCUAUAGACCAGCCGCUGGCUCUGACCAAAGGCCAAAGUGGCACUGAAGUGUCGCGGCCUGUCAUGAGUGGGACCGCAGAACGGCAGCAGAAUCGACCCUCAGUUAUCACAUGUGCUCCAGCAAAUAACCGGAAUUGUAACCUCUCACACUGCCACAUGAAUGGCUGCACUCCUCCCCCGCCUGACAAUCAGAGAAAGACCAAUGCUGAGACCGAAUGCGACACCAACAUUGAGGAACACUUCCGCCGCAGUCUUGGGAAAAACUACAAGGAAGCUGAGGCUGUGUCCAAUUCAGUUUCUAUCACGGGUUCUGUGGAUGAUCACUUUGCGAAGGCGCUGGGAGACGCCUGGCUUCAAAUACAGGCCAGAGGUAGCAGCCACCAGUCUCCAGAGGACGACCCAUAAGAGGGGGGGAAGGAUUGAAAGGGAUCAUUUUAUUGUUCUCUCUUCUUGCCAAGAAUCAACUUCUCUUAGCCAGGAACAGUACAGUGUAAGACGUGUGGCGCUCACAUAUGUGGGUGCUCUUUGGACCUCAAAGUCAAUCUUGUAGAACACGCGGCUCAGUUUUGUCUCUUAAAAUUGGUAAGUUUCACCCACAAAGAAGAAACAAAAUUUUGAGUCGUUUGAUUGUUGUGGGAAAAUUAUUAAUCACACUGAAAGUUUCUGAACAUAGAUUCCCAAAGUUGUCAGUUGCCGGCAUAACAACAGGUUUUUCACCUGCCUGUCAUCUGAUUUGAUAGCCAAAGACCUUUCCAGCCUUUUUCCACCAGCCUGUAAGCCAGGAGUGUCAACAUCCAGUCCUCGAGGGCCGGUGUCCUGCAACUUUUAGAUGUGCCUCUGCUGCAUCACACCUGAAUAGAAUAGUUGGGUGAUUAGCAAGGCUCUGGAGAACUGAUCUACACAAGGAGGAGGUAAUUAAGCCAUUUCAUUCCUGUGUUUUGUAUCUGUGGCACCUCGAAAAACUGCAGGACAGUGGUCCUCGAGGACUGGAGUUUGACACCCCUGCUGUAAGCCAUAUUAUCUGUUCUUUCAUUGCCACUCUAAGAUCACACUGCUUUUCAAUCAAUAUUACUUGAAAAUGACAGCUAUGUCUCUUGCACUAUUAUGUUCUUGACCUCUGGUGUCACAGGUUACCUGUUGGAAGUAAUGUGCAAAAAUGCGUUUUGAGAUUUAUAUGAGAAAAAUUACUGCCUUGGCCUUGUUGCUUUCAGAAAACACUAGAUCAAACUGUUAUUUUUAUGAUGGUGAACUGGACUUACUCACUGUUUAAUAACUUUAGUUUGCUUACACAUUCACUAAAUCUGAUUACAUAUUUCCACUAACAUCAAUCAUAGUAGAACUUUAACUAGAAAGCAUGAUUCUGAUAGCUGGUUUCUAUUACAAACUUUAUCCUUAUACUAUGUAUUUAGCCAGAUUUUAUUUUUAUCUGUGAUAUUUUAGAAAUAGUCACUGCUGGUACAGUUGUACUCUGUAUGUUUUUGUAUCUGGUUUUCAUGACUCUAUUUAGGUGCAUAGCUUGGCAUCCAUCAACAAAUCGCAGCCUCUGGCAAGGCUGUCUGCAGUUUUACCAGCUGCAUUAUUGUUACUCUGCGGAGCUGGAUGUUGUAGCUUAACACAUGACUGAAUUAUGGCUAAAUCUCCUCUGUAUUAUAGUUGAUAAGCAGUGACUUUAUUUAUUCUCAACAUGUUGAUUUUUGUUGUGAAACUUUUGCUUUGGAGAGGAUUCCUAAACUACUUCAUUAACAAAGAAGUUGAUUUUCGGUUUGUUAUUAAUAUAAGACAGAAGUUGCAUUGAACAUUCCACCAAUGCUGCUGAUCUUUAGGAGUCACAUCAGUUGCUUAGCUGGUACUGUUACAACAUUGUGUGUUUGUUUUUUGUUUUCCCCUAAAUCUAAAUAGCUGUCUACUGUUUCCAAAUGUUUUAUUUCAUGAUGGCUUAAUAGAGUGCCACGUUUCUGAUAGUUGUUUCAUUUCUAGAUUCGAAAACUUGUUGACUUUGAAAGGUCUUCCAACUUUUUAAUUCUUUGUUUUAUCAAAAUCAGAAAUUUUAAUGUCUUGCAGUGGAAUUCAACUUCCACGUUGACAACCGUCCACGUUGUGUUGAACUGCAAACAAAAAUGUUUAAAUGGGAUUUUACCUGACAGGUGAACACAAUGUUUCACAUAAUUAUGAUGUAGAGGAAGGAUGAUGCAAAAUCUUCAACAGUUUUUACCAAUAUGUCCUGUGCCUUCCUGAUAAUUUAUAAAAAGUCUGGUCUGGGUUAUUGUAACAAUUGUACUUUGAUCUAAAUGUUUCCAUUACAUCAAUGUUUGUGGCACUAAUGUGACAAAUUUGGGGGGGAUUAUGAUACUUUUUUUUAUGACACUACAUGCGAUAGUGACAUUUUUUAUAACAUUUGGUAUUCUAAGGUUCUUUUAUAACACCCUUGGUUUUAUUAAUAUACAUUUUUUUAAAUAAACAAUGUAAUCUUUUCUACUUUAUUUUACACACCCAGGACCAUCGUUGCGCGGUGCGGAAUGAUCAGUGUUUGGUUUCCUUUCAGCGUCAUCUACUUACGCUGAAGUAGAUGAUGCUUCUACAAUGUAGAAUGACGCAAUGCAGCUUGUCUUCUUAAAUUUUCCGUACGUGCAGAAACAGUUUUCUGACAUUGACGCUUCCUUUGUGUAGACUUCUGUAACGGGUUGGAGUUUAAGCUUUCUGUAUGUAUUUGUAGAAGUGAGUGAUUUAUGGGAUCUGCUUGUUUGAGACAAGUAAAAGUUUCACUAAUGUAUUUGCCGGUUUUAGGCCUAUAUUUAAUUUUUUUUUUUUUUUAGAGUACCUGCGUCUUUAAGACUGUAUAAAGUUCUGGUUUUAGGAGUCAUCCUGGUAGAAAAAUAUAAAGGGUUUUUCCAUCUUUAUUUCUCUGGAAGAAAACACUUUUUGUACUUAAAUAUUUUCAAAAUAAACUUAUAAUGGCUACAUUUGCA